AUGGUCGUAGGAUGUGAGGCUCGAGGUGUUGAGUUAGGGCGCCCUGAUGACAUUGAGCACCAGACCGGCUGCAACGGCAGCCCUAUGCCUAUCACGGAAUUUCAUGUGGCAUAUGUUUUUAUAAAGAUGGCCAAUUCUCCUCGUCCUGGUGUUUGGGUACUUGAAAGAUCACUAGACAAUGGCACAACAUAUCAACCCUGGCAGUAUUUUGCUGACACUGAAGGAGAUUGUGAAGCAUAUUUUGGCCGUGAAAGUUUGCAGCCAAUUACAAGAGAUGAUUCUGUUAAAUGUGAAACUCAGUAUUCAAAAGUAGUGCCUUUAGAAGGUGGUGAGAUUGUUGUGUCUCUACUCAACAACAGGCCUUCUGCAAAUGAUUUCUUUAAUUCCACUGUUCUUCAAGAAUGGACUCGUGCUACAAAUAUACAACUUAGAUUUUUGCGAACAAAGACACUCCUUGGUCAUUUAAUGUCAGUGGCUCGUCAGGAUCCUACUGUUACUAGACGGUACUUUUACUCCAUCAAAGACAUCAGCAUUGGUGGUCGCUGUGUAUGCAAUGGACAUGCUGACACAUGCGACAUUACUAAUCUUAAUGAUCCAUAUAAACUAGUAUGUCAAUGCCAACAUCACACAUGUGGAGACAACUGUGAUUCAUGUUGUCCAGGCUAUGAACAGAAAGCAUGGCGUCAAUCAAAAGCAUAUCAUCCGUUUGUUUGUGAACCUUGCAAUUGCUUUGGACACUCGUCAGAAUGUGUUUAUGAUGAGGAAGUUGACAGGCAGAGAUUAUCUUUGGACAUACAUGGACGUUAUGAAGGAGGAGGAGUAUGCAAAAAUUGCAGGCAUAAUACUGAGGGUAUAAAUUGUAAUAAGUGUAAACCUGGCUAUUUCCGACCAUACGGUAAAUUGUGGAAUGAUACUGAUGUUUGCAAAGAAUGUGAUUGUGACUAUUAUUAUUCAACUGGCAACUGUGAAGAAGAAACUGGUCAAUGUGAAUGUCGGCCAGAAUACAACCCACCUCUUUGUGACAGUUGCAGUUUUGGAUAUUUUGGUUACCCUGAGUGUAGGCAGUGUGAAUGCCAUUUAAAUGGAACUCGUAGUUUUGUUUGUGAACCAACAGAUGGAGUUUGCCCUUGUAAAUCUAAUUAUGCCGGAAAAUAUUGUAAUGAAUGUGAAAAAGGAUAUUAUAAUUUCCCUGAAUGUUUGGAUUGUGAUUGUAAUCUACAAGGAUCAACAUCAGAUGUCUGUGAUGUAGAAAGUGGUCAGUGUUCAUGUAAAAAUAAUUAUGGAGGAAGAACAUGUGAUCAGUGCCAAGAUGGAUAUGCCAUUUAUCCACAUUGUUAUUAUUGCAGCUGUGAUGUUCGUGGCACUUUACCUGGAAUAUGCGACAAAGACACUCAGAAAUGCCUCUGUAAGGAAGGUUAUGGAGGUGAUAGAUGUGAUAGGUGUGUCCCGGGUUAUUAUGGAUAUCCUGACUGUAAACCCUGCAAUUGCAGUGAAGCGAGCAGUGGAUCAAAAAGUUGUGAUGCUUCUGGGAAAUGUUCAUGCCUUCCAAACUUUUCGGGAAGAACAUGUAAUCAAUGUAGUCCUGGGCAUUAUCAGUACCCUGAGUGUUUGCCAUGCCACUGUGAUCUGUAUGGUUCCAUUGGUGUUUCAUGCGAUAAUGAUGGUAUUUGCUUAUGUAAAGACAACUUUGAUGGAAUUCAAUGUGAACAAUGUAAGGAAGGAUUUUACAACUUUCCUGCAUGUGAAGAAUGCAAUUGUGAUCCUGCUGGAGUUUUGGAUACUUUUGAAGGCUGUGGAUCUGUCCCUGCUGGUGAACUAUGUCAAUGCAAAGAUAGAGUUCAAGGAAGAAUUUGUAAUGAAUGCAAACCAUUAUUUUGGAAUCUUCAACCAAAUAAUCCUGAUGGCUGUGAGGAAUGUGAUUGUCAUGUUCCUGGUGUUGUUGGAGGAAUGGGAAUAUGUGACACCAAAACAGGACAGUGUAUUUGCAAACCAUCAGUAACAGCUAGACGAUGUGAUUCAUGCAGUGAUGGAACAUUCAAUCUUCAAGAACAACACCUUUUCGGUUGCUCAGACUGCAGUUGUGAUAUUGGCGGUGCUGUGAAUAGUAUCUGUGAUAAACAGACUGGUCAGUGUGCAUGCCGACCCCGAAUUACAGGACGAACAUGCAAAGAACCAUUGCAGACUCAUUAUUUUCCUACAUUGCAUCACCAUCAGUAUGAAGCUGAAGAUGGCCGUACUCCAUCAUAUUCACCUGUUCGUUAUGCUUAUGAUGAAGAGAAAUUCAGAGGAUAUUCUUGGAGAGGUUAUGCAGUGUUUUCACAACUUCAGGAUGAAAUAGUUCAUGAGGUUUACAUACAAAGGCCUUCUUUGUAUCAAAUCAUUCUUCGUUACAUUAAUCCAAAUGAAGAAAUUAUUCAAGGCGAUAUUACAAUUACGCCUGACAACCCAAAUGAGAUAGAACAGACAGCAAAAGUACUUUUCAAACCCAAUAGAAAUGCAAGCUUUGUCACAGCUGUUGCUGAUGAUGGAACUACUCCUGCUGCUCUUGUAAUGAACCCUGGUCAAUGGUCCAUAAGUAUUAAAAAUAAAAAGAGUCUCUUCUUGGAUUAUUUUGUGCUACUUCCUGCUGCAUUUUACGAAGCAAGUAUUCUGGUGGAGAAAGUAGACAAACCAUGUGAAAUUGGUAAUAGGAAUCUUUGUCGACAUUUCUCAUAUCCCAAUCUGAUUUCAUUUGACACUGUUAGAGGUGAAGGAGGAUUUGUAAUGGAUGGCCCUAGUCAAGUGUCUCUUCAACGUUACUUUACUGAUACUGAGCAAUUGAGAGAACUUAAUCGUGAUCAGAUUCCUCUAUUAAAUGAUGAUCAAAAUGAAAUUCACUUUCGAAUUAUGAUCUCCAAACCAGGCCCUCAUGUUUUAUUAAUAAACUACGUUACCCCAAUCCAUGAACAACGAUCAGCCUCUGUUCUUGUUGAAGCCAAUACACGCCGCAAUCAAGAGAGUGGAAGAGUUACGCUGUAUGCCUGUCCAUACACAGAAUUUUGUAGGCAAGCAGUUAUAGAUAGACAAGGUCAAGUGGCUGUAUUUAACUUGGACUCAAAUCAUGUUAAUUUGACUUUAAAGGCUGAAGAUGGAACCAAUGUUGCUCUUGAAUCAAUUGUUGCAAUACCAUUUGAUGAAUGGAAUAUUGAUUACCAACAACCAAAAUCUGCCUGUGUGAGGAAAGAUGGAUCUUGCUUACAAGCUUCCUUCCCAACUCCACCGAACUCUGUGAAGGUUGAAUUUGAAACUAAUAAUGAAGAUCAAGUGGCAAGCACGUUGCCAAAUCUAUCAAAUAAUAAAACUGCACUAGUUUAUCUUGAUAAAAGUGAUUCUAUGAUAGAUGUCAUUGGAAAAGUUCCUAACCCUGGAUAUUAUGUAUAUGUUGUACAUUAUUACCAGCCUGAUUAUCCAGCAUUUGAUAUGGAUGUAUUGGUACAAAAUGGACAAUAUUAUGAGACAAAGUUAGAAAUACAACAUUGUCCAUCACAUUCUGGAUGCCGAUCAGUUGUGAAACAAUCUAAUGGAGAACCUUUUCAGUUAAAUGAAAAUUUUGUAUUUACAUUGAAGGAAAAGAACGAGAAAGGUGUUUGGCUUGAUUACAUUUUAGCAAUUCCACAUGAUAGAUAUUCAGACAAAGUUUUGGAAGAAGAGCCAGUUGAUCAUACAGGAAUUUUUAUUACACAAUGUGGUCAAAAUCAUUUCUAUAUGAAUGCAUCUACUCAAGGUUUUUGUCGUGAUGCUACAUUUUCAAUUACUGCUGACUAUAAUGAUGGAGCUCUUCCUUGUCACUGUAAUUUUGAGGGUUCACAUAGUUUUGAGUGUGAAAAAUUUGGAGGACAAUGUACUUGUAAACCAAAUGUAAUUGGUCGAAAAUGUGAUGCCUGUAAAACAGGAUACUUUGGCUUCCCUGAUUGUAAACCAUGCAGUUGUCCAUCAGCUGCUUUAUGUGAUGUUUAUACAGGUGCAUGCAUAUGUCCACCAAAAGUUUUUGGUGAAAACUGUGAUAUGUGCAUGGAAUACACAUAUGGUUAUGAUCCUAUUAUUGGAUGUGAAGAAUGUAAUUGCCACAAUUUGGGUGUGGAAGGAUUACGUUCAUAUGAUGGAAGGGAACAUCCAAAUUUACAAUGCAAUCUUACUACUGGAAAUUGCGAUUGCAAGCCAAAUGUUGUAGGGCGUACGUGCGAUCAGUGUCAAUUGGGGCACUGGGGGUUCCCACAUUGUCCGGAGUGUGAAUGUGAUUUGCGAGGAACUGUUCAUGAAAUAUGUGACCAGCGAACCGCUGAAUGCUUCUGCAAAAGCAAUGUUCAAGGACAAGCUUGUGAUCUUUGCAAAGAAGGGACAUUUAAUUUGCAGCAACAGAACCCAGAAGGAUGUACCAAAUGUGUUUGUUCAGGAAAAACUACUCGUUGUACGAGCUCAUCUCUUUACAGAGCACAAGUAUCUCAUCUUGAAAAUUGGGUACUUGCUGCCAUUGAUUUUGGAAAAACACUAAACAUAAAUUAUUUACGAACAUUGCCUGAACAAGGAGUUGAUUUCAUUGGUGCAGAUUUAACAGAGCUUGAGUCAGAAGACAAAGUUGUAUAUUUUCGAACUCCACUUGAAUAUCUUGGCAACAAACUCACUUCAUAUGGAGGAAAUCUGAAUUAUUCAAUCUAUUACACAACCUUAAGGCAUGGACAAGCUGUGGGUGAACCAGAUGUAAUACUCCAGAGUGGAGACCUUUAUUUACUACAUUCCUCUAUAGAACAACCUCCAAUAGCAGUAAAAUACUCAGCCUCAGUUCAAAUAGUAGAAAACAACUUUUUUCUGCCAACUAGACAACCUGCUACAAGAGAUCAACUCAUGCAAGUGUUGAUGAAAUUGGAAGGAAUCUUCAUUCGAGCAACAUACUGGAGUUCUAGUUAUACAACUCGAUUACAAGAUGUAACUUUAGAUAUUGCUGUGGAAGAAUACAGUCCAUAUUCUUCUAAGGCUUUAGCUGUGGAGCAGUGUCAAUGCCCUCCUAAUUACCAAGGGCUAUCUUGUGAAGAUUGUGCUCCAGGAUAUUAUCGUGCUCAAACUGGACCAUUUGGAGGAUUUUGUAUUCCGUGUCAGUGCAAUGGGCACUCAGAUCAAUGUGAUCCAGUGACUGGUAUCUGUUUUGAUUGUAAAAAUAAUACUGUUGGAGAGCACUGUGAAUUUUGUGAUGUUGGGCAUUAUGGCAAUGCAACUCAAGGCACACAAGUGGACUGUAUGAUUUGUGCAUGCCCAUUGCCUAUACCUUCCAAUAAUUUUGCCACCAGUUGUGAAGUGAGUUCUGAUGGUGAACGAAUUCAUUGCGAGUGCAUUCCUGGAUACAUAGGACCUAGAUGUGAAGUUUGUGCAGCUGGAUAUUUUGGAAGGCCUGAAUACCAAGGUGAAUAUUGUCAACCAUGUGAGUGUUCUGGUAAUAUUGAUCGAGAAGAUCCUGGUGCCUGUGAUUCAAUAACUGGUGAAUGCUUGCAUUGCCUAAACAACACCUAUGGAGAAAGUUGUAACUUGUGUGCUCCUGGAUAUUUUGGUGAUGCUGUUGAAUUAAAAGACUGUCAAAGUUGUAUAUGUGAUCGAUGUGGAACUCAUUUUUGCAAUAAUGAAAAUGGAGAAUGUCAAUGCCAAGAAAAUGUAAUUGGAGAAAAAUGUGAUAGAUGUGAACCGGAGCAUUAUGGUUUUUCAUCCUGUCAGGGAUGCUUGCCUUGUGAUUGUGCAGAAGCAUCAGAAAGUUCUCAGUGUGAUGAUGAUACAGGAAAAUGUCGUUGCAAACCUGGUGUUACUGGACGUACAUGUGAUCGCUGCAUAGCAGGGUUUUGGAGUUAUGGACCUGGAGGAUGUUACUCUUGUGGCUGCAAUGAAGAAUAUUCAGUAGGUGUUGGUUGUAAUGCUACUACUGGACAAUGUCAUUGUCUACCAGGAGUAAUUGGGGAAAAAUGUGAUCACUGUCCUUACCGUUGGGUACUGAUUGAUCAAGAAGGUUGUAUGGAAUGUGACAGUUGUACUCAUGGUCUUUUGGAUGUAACUGAUGAGCUUAGAGAUCAAAUUGUUCCCAUUUAUGAUGAAUUUAAGACAGCUGCGUUGGGUUACUUUACUGCUCAACGCCUUGUUUACAUUAAUAAAACAGCCCAUGAUCUUAUUCCACAAGUGAAAUUAUUAGAUCCUGAAAGAGUUAAUCUGAAACCGUUAGCAGAAGAAGUUGAAUCUUUGGAAAUGGAUACAAGAAGUUUGUAUAAGAAGGCAAAUUAUUCUGUUGAUAAUGCUGAAGCUUGGUCACCAAAAGCUGAUAAAGUGAGAAUUGAUGCAUUAGAUGCAGAACAAUUUAUUCUCAAAGCAGUGGAGCAGUCAAAUGGAAUUGUAUAUGAAGUGAGCCAACUGUCAUCUAAUUUGGAAGGGAGAGCUGGACCCCAAGUCGACUAUGCAUUAAACGAAGCACAAGAAAUUGUAAGAAGAAUUCAACAACGAAAUUUUGAUACUCAGAGGGAAGAAGCUGAACAAGAAUACCACAGAUCUUUGGAAGAGUUCAAUAAAAUGACAGACUUUGUUACUCCGGCUCAUAAUCAAAGCAAAGCUUUCAAUGCUCUGAGAAAAAAAAUUCAUGAAUUUGAUGACCGAUUAACUGAUCUCCGUAAUCAGAGCGUUCAUGCAAGAAACAUUGCUGCUGAUGCAUUUAUACUAAAUGAUCAAAACAAGAAUUCAAAACUUAACAGUAAAGUUGAGGCUGUGAAAAAUGUAUCAAAAGAAGCAAAUGAAGCAAUAAAUGAAGGAAAAAUUUUGGUAGAAAAUGCCACAGAACUGUAUCGCCAAGCCAGACAACGCUUCAAUGAACUAAGUAAUGCUUUUGAAGGAAUAAAUCAUGCUUCAGAUACCUUGCAACUCAGAGUAAAUUCUACUGAAGAACAGUUAGAAACAGUUAGUGAACCUUUAGACAAUGCCCUUCAGCAUGCAGAGGAUCUUCGGAUCAGAGCUGCUGCUCUAGAUGGUUUGCUUGCAGAAUCACGAUUUACUACUAGGGAUGCAGUAGAUGCAGCAAAUUCUUAUAAAAACAUAGAAGAAGCUAUCAAUGAUGCUCUGAAAGCAGCACAAGAGGCACAAGGUCCUGCUGAAAAUGCUACAUUAAUGUCUGUGGGUCUUGAUGCACGUACUGGGAACUCUGAACAACGCUCAUCAGGCCUUCUUGCAACAGCAAAAACUGCUUUACACAAAGCACAAACAGAAUUAUUACCAGAAUUGGACAAGGCCAAAUCCCUCGUUGAACAGGUUGAUGAACUGAACAAUGACAGUCAAGAAAAAGAUGCAAUGAUCAAGGAGGAAUUGAGAAAACUUGCUGCUGGAGAUGAUACAGGACGUAGACAAGCAAUGAAGGAUGCUCAACAUGCUGAAAGUAUGGCAAAUAAUGCAUCAAAUCAGAUAGAAGCUAUUGCCGGAAGAUUGCCUGGAGAUGUUACGAGAUCAAAGACACUGCAUAGAGUAGCUGACAAUGCUAACAGCCUCAUUGAACAAGCUUCCCAGCAAUUGACAAAAUUGGACCAUGUACUACCAAAUAUAAACACUUUAAUGGGAACUGUUAAAAACACACAACGAGAAAUGAAUGACACCAGUAUAGACUUUGGAAAGAAACUUGAAGAAUUACGACAAAAAGUAGCACGAGCAAGAGAGCAGGCAAAUAGGAUCAGAGUUGGUGUAACUUUUCAACGUAAUACUUUUCUAUCUCUGGAUAAGCCUAAAGAUUUGGCAUCACUUGGCACUGCCACACGUGUAUCAGUUUAUUUUAAAACAGCAGAACCUCAAGGUUUCCUAUUUUAUUUAGGAAAUGACCAGUUGAGUCCUAGCAAAUCACAUAGAGGCCAACAAACAGGUGAUUUUAUUGCCCUUGAAAUAGAGAAUGGAUAUCCAGUUCUAAUAAUUGAUCUUGGUGCUGGACCUCAUCGAAUAAUUAUUGAUGAUAAAAGAGUUGAUGAUGAUGUAUGGUAUCAAGCAGUUGUCGAAAGAACUGGGAGAACUGUCCAAUUAACAAUAAAUGAAGAAGACAGUUACAAUCAGCAGGUAUCACAUACUAAAAAGGAAGUCAUACCAGGUUCAAAAUACGUUCUUAAUCUGGAUCCAGAACAUUCAAAAUUGUAUGUUGGAGGAGCUGAAUCUGUUUUCGAAAUGCCAAGUGAUGUGAAAACAUCAUCAUUUGUUGGUGAAAUGGAAGAACUCAUGAUUGGCAACACACAUAUUUCAUUAUGGAAUUUCCGUGAUGCCGUCAACAACCAAUUUGGAGCUUAUGAAAGGGACAAAUUGGUUAACCUUCAGCCAAGUACUGGGUACCGGUUUAAUGGUGAUAACUGUUAUGUAAUUGUUGAUGGAAAACAUAUAUCAAUACAAAGACAGAGUGAUGUCCAACUGAGCUUUAAAACAUUUGCUACUGAUGGAUUACUUUUCCUUGUGGGGCAAAACCAUUCUUUCUUAUCCAUUGAAUUAGUAAAAGGACAGAUCAAAUACCAGUUUGAUCUGGGAGAAGGUCCUCUGGAACUCAUUUCUCCUCUUAAGUAUAAUGAUGGUCAUUGGCACAAAGUAAAUGCAGCUCGUGAACAGCUAAAAGGUGUACUUAUAGUAGAUGGUGAUACAGUAGCUCGUGGAAUGGCACCAGAAUCUAAUUCAAAUCAUGAUCUGAAGAGACUGCCAAAAUUAUAUUUUGGUGGCCAUCCCAAGCAUCGUUUUAAACCUGUUACUAAAGCAUUUUUUGAUGGAUGCAUUGACAAAGUUUCAAUCAACGGAUUAGUAGUUGAUCUUAGUCAGAACCUUCAAGCAAUUGGCGUUACUCCAGGUUGUCCUGUACAAGUAGCAACUAUAUUGUCAUUUGAAGACAGAAGUCCUGGAUAUUUACAUUGGUACAAUGUUUCAAGCACUGAUACCCUGGAAUUCAACUUUAAAUUCAAAACUGAAGCAUUAAAUGGUCUGCUUUUCUAUAUUACUGACAGAAAUCAACAAAAUACUCUUUCACUUUCACUAGUUGAAGGAGAGUUAGUAUUGCAAAGUAAAGGCUUUGUAGAUCUUUCUACUUCUCGUCCUAUUAAAUUUAAUGACAGCCAGUGGCAUGUUGUCACAGCCAUUCAUGACACUGCAGGUCUUACUCUCGAUAUUGAUGACACUUAUCCUCUCAUGAGAAGUGCUAGUCUUCCUCCAUUGCGUUUCAAAUUUGGAAGUAUUUAUUUUGGAGGAGUUCCUAAUAAUUUUGAUAUAGUUGAAGGGGCAGUUGCAUCCACAGUUCCAUUUAUAGGAUGCUUGGGAGAUGCUACAGUUAAUGGAAUGUUAAUCAAUUUUGCCAAUACUACUGAUCGAGUGGGUGCCAAACUUGGAAAAUGUCACCUUAAAGAUCAUGAACCUGUAUCAAUUUUACCUCCUGUUGAUUUGCCAGAACCUGGAGUGGGAACUAUUCCUGAAGAAGUUCCUGUGACUGAGAAAGAAGAUAUUCUGCCUCCAGAUGUUCAUGUACCAGAAACACCAUCUCCAACUACUACCACUACAACCACUACAACCACCACAACCACAACAACCACAACAACCACAACUCCUGCACCUCCACCUGCGCCUCCUACUCCAUCACAGCCUUCAUGUCAGCUACCACUACAUCCAGCUAAAGAUCCAGAGGCUUCUUUGGAGAAAGGAUUACGAUUUGGUACUGUUCAAAAUGGUUGGGCAGAAUACACAAGCAACUUGAAAAAUAAAUUAAAAACUAAAUAUGAAAUUUCAAUUGAAAUUAAAACAUAUGCUGAAAAUGGUAUAAUAUUUUAUGUGGAUGCUGUUGAAACUCAUAUAGAUUUUGUUGCAUUAUAUAUGAAGGAUGGGAAGCUAAUUCAUGAUUUCAAUUGUGGCUCUGGAGGAGCUUUUAUUCAAAGUGAAAAUAAAUACAAUGAUGGGCAAUGGCAUAAAGUUGUAAUGAAGAGAAACCAGUCUGAAGGAACUUUGGAAAUAGAUGGCAAAGCUGAAGUAGUUGAGGGCCGUUCUUCAGGUGAUUUGACAACAGUUGAUUUAGAACAACCAGUGUUUUUGGGUGGAUUGAGGAAAAAUGCAAAUUACAAAAUGAAAGAAAACAUGAAGGGAAUGAAUGAGUCUUAUGUUGGUUGUUUAAGAAAUAUUAAAAUAAAUCAACACAAUAUUGGCAUCCCUGAUGUAAGAAUAGGUGUAACUCCAUGUUCCGAGAAAGUGGAACAAGGAGCUUUCUUUCCUCCAGAAGGAGGAUAUAUAAGAGCUCGCAAUAACUUCCGAGUGGGUGAAGAGAUGGCCAUUGAGAUGUUCAUUAAGCCACGGAAUGUUUCUGGUAUUUUGUUGUCUGUGCAUGGAAAAAGGGACUUUUUACUUCUUCAAAUGGUGAAUGGAAAUAUAAAAUUUAGUGUUGACAAUGGAAAAGGACCCAUUACUACAGAAUUUAAACCAAAACAUGAACAUUUCUUCUGUGAUGGAAAGUGGCAUGAAAUUCAAGCUGUCAAAACAAGUAAUGUGGUGACAUUAUCUGUGGAUAAGCAAGGCAUGCCUCCAGGUAUUGGCAUGCCAGGUCAGUCUUCUACAGAUACUCGCAACCCACUGUUUAUUGGUGGCCAUGCACCAGUAAAACGACAUCUUCGUGGGGUGAUGCGAGAUCAAAUGCAAUUUGUGGGUUGCAUCAGAGAUGUUCAAAUAAAUAAUGUACUUCAAACAUUUACAUCAUCUCAAGCACAUGGAAAUGUUGCCAUUGAUUUCUGCCCUACUAUUUAAUAUUUUAUUAUUCUCUUAAGAGAUACUUUGUUUUUGAAUGUCAGAAAAUGUUAUAAUGAAUGUGGAAGUUAUCUGAUGAGUUUGUAACUUGUAUUAUAAUAAUAAUGAAUGUAAGUUAUCUGUUAGUUUUUGUAUUUGUAUAAAAAUAUAAAAUAUGUUCACUUUGAAUUGUAAUUAUUAACAUUUUACAACAAAUUAUAAUACACAUUUUCUGAUAGGAAAACAACCAUUUUGUUUUUAUAAACAAUGGUUUAUUUCAUUUACAGCCCCUUAAUACCUUCUAGCUCAAAAGUCUUAAAAAUUCACAAAGAAUUGAAUCUGUCAUUAGAAAAGUGAAAAUAAGUUCUUGUUCCAUAGUUCUGAGAAAAAAAUCUUAAUAACAUCCACAGGAACAAUAAUGUUCUACACAAAAGUUCCAGAACUAGUCAUUAUUGAUUGCUUGGGCUACCUACUCUGUAAUUUCAAAUUUGCAUUUCUGUGAUGUACAAAACUGAUUUUAUAAUCUGGACUUAUUUUCUUUAUAAAAUAAUUGUGAAAUAUUUAAAACACAAUUUUUUACUUCUUAAUUUUUGGACUUGUGAAACAAUAUAAUGAUAGAAUAAAUAACUUAUAGAA